UCAUCAUGGGAGGUACGGAUUCAAAGCUGAAUUUUCGCAAGGCUGUGAUACAACUUACAACGAAAACACAGCCUGUAGAGGCAGGUGAUGAUGCAUUCUGGGACCAAUUCUGGGCAGAGUCAGUGACCAGUGUACAAGAUGUAUUUGCGUUAAUCCCAGCAGCCGAAAUCCGAGCAUUACGAGAGGAAUCACCAGCUAAUCUAGCAACGCUGUGUUAUAAGGCUGUUGAGAAGUUAGUCGCUGCAUCUGAGACCGGUUGUGCCAGUCCUAAAGACCAGCAAGUUGUAUUGAACUGUGUCAGAUUGUUAACAAGAAUAUUACCGUACAUCUUUGAAGACCCAGACUGGAGAGGAUUCUUCUGGACCAGUUUGCCAGGACAAUCGUCUGAUGCAGAAGGUGCUAAUGAUUUGGAUCUGGAAUGGUUACAGCGUGAUGGAGAAUCCAUACCUUUGGCACAGUCAUUACUCAAUGCUUUGGCUGAUCUUCUCUUCUGUCCUGAUUUCACUGUGUCACAUCACAAGAAGGGUGGGCCGGAGAAGCCUGAAGACCCACAGUCCAUAGAUAGCUGUGAAUACAUAUGGGAGGCAGGGGUAGGAUUUGCUAACACUCCUCCUACAGUACCACAAGCUGAUCUUAACAGAACUGAGUUACUCAAGUUAUUACUCACAUGUUUCUCUGAAGCAAUGUAUCUACCACCUGUUGCCGAUGCUCAUACGAGUCCCAAUCCGUGGAUUACAUACUUUUGCUCUUCUGAAAACCGACAUGCAUUGCCACUGUUCACCUCUCUACUCAAUAUAGUAUGUGCAUAUGAUCCAGUUGGAUAUGGAGUUCCAUACAAUCACCUCAUGUUCUCAGAUUUCCGUGAAUCCCUAGUAGAAGUGGCUGCUCAGCUCCUUGUUGUGACAUUGGACCAUGAUUCAGGUCAUAGUUCUGUUGUGACCGUAGAUGGCACAGUGAAUGGCACACCAGUGGAGGCUGGAGAUGGUAUACCAGAUAAUCUGUUUGUCAAUUACUUAUCAAGAAUACACAGAGAAGAAGAUUUUUAUUUCAUACUUAAAGGUUUGACAAGACUUUUAAACAACCCAUUGAUACAGACUUAUUUGCCAGGCUCUGUGAAGAAAACUCAUUUCCAUCAGGAGCUUUUUGUACUAUUUUGGAAGAUGUGUGACGCAAAUAAGAAAUUCUUGUACUAUGUACUAAAAAGCAGUGAUGUAUUAGAUGUCUUGGUUCCUAUAUUGUAUCAUUUGAAUGAUGCUAGAGCUGACCAAUCUCGUGUUGGGUUAAUGCAUAUUGGUGUGUUCAUACUACUAUUGCUGAGCGGUGAGCGCAAUUUUGGAGUCCGUUUAAAUAAGCCUUACAGUGUGAGAGUACCCAUGGAUAUACCAGUAUUUACUGGCACACACGCUGAUUUCCUCAUUAUUGUAUUUCAUAAGAUUAUUACGUCUGGACAUCAGAGAUUACAACCAUUGUUUGACUGUCUAUUAACGAUCAUUGUCAAUGUAUCUCCGUAUUUGAAGAGUUUAUCAAUGGUGUCUGCAAAUAAAUUACUACACUUAUUAGAAGCGUUUUCAACACCAUGGUUUUUAUUUUCCAAUCCAACCAAUCAUCAUUUGGUUUUCUUUCUGUUAGAAGUUUUCAAUAAUAUUAUACAGUAUCAGUUUGAUGGAAAUGCCAAUUUGGUUUACACCAUCAUUCGUAAGAGAACUGUCUUUCAUCAGCUAGCUAACCUGCCAACAGACUAUCAGUCAAUUACCCGUGCUCUCAGCAGACGUAGGAAGUUGUCAUCAACUGGUUCUACUAUCGAUGCUGAGCCUAUUAUGGAAGGAGCCAUUCCUGCAGCUGAAGCUGAACCAGGAACACUUAAAGCUACAUUGGCUGCUACACCAGGUGUUGAAAGGAUGACUGAAAGGACCGAGUUAGGGGCUCCACCAACUGAAGCAUUAGCUACAAAUGGUGCUACCCAUGCUGUUCAGCCACCCGAUAGCCUGCAGAAUGGUACACAAGUUGGUCUUACAUUUCCCCAGGCUGGAGCUGGUGCAGUUAGUGCUAGCGACACAGAGAGCUCAGCUGCUGAGGAAUAUAAACCUCGUAGUAGAGGAGAUAGUUCAUCUGUAAAUAGUAAACCAACCAGUCCUACGACAUCAAUACCACUUGGUGGUCAUGGUAUGCUACGUAGGGCUGGAUCUACUGCCAGUGAUACAUGGAAAGCUACUUCUGAUUGGGUGCAGUCAUGGAAACAGAAGUUACCACUACAGACUAUUAUGAGACUGUUACAAGUAUUGGUGCCGCAAGUAGAAAAAAUAUGCAUUGAUAAGGGUUUGACAGAUGAGAGUGAGAUACUGAAAUUUCUACAGCAUGGUACACUGGUUGGACUUUUACCAGUCCCACAUCCCAUUCUGAUCAGGAAGUACCAAGCUAACAGUGGUACAACUAUGUGGUUCAGGACUUAUAUGUGGGGAAUUAUAUAUCUUAGGAAUGUGGAUCCACCUAUAUGGUAUGAUACGGACGUCAAGUUGUUUGAAAUCCAACGAGUGUGAAGUGAAGAUGUGGAGAAACCUGGAUGAGAAUUCUAGAAAGUAUACCGAACUUAAUGAUUACAUUCCCCAUUUAAUGUGUAAACAAUUUGUUGGUUUUCCCCAGUAUCUUAAGUUCCAAACACAUAUUUUAAAACACAUAUUUUUCAUCGUGUGUCCCAGCUCUGAAAUAUAAGGAAUUUACACCCCAUGCAUUGUUAUUUCUAUAAAGGUCACAUUACUCAAUCUAUUAAACAAAGAGUUUCUUUUUUGUUUGGAUCUUGUCAUUUACCUCACUCCCUUCUUCAUAUUGGUGACCAAUAUAACCAUAGUUAUGAAGAGAAAAGCUAACUACUGAGUAUCUUAUUAGUAGAGGGGACUGUUUUCAGAUACAUUUACUUGUAAAGUUUUCUCUUUUCUUGUAGUUAUAUAUAAUCAUGUAUUCUUACUAUUUAAUAUGUAAAAUAAAUUACUGUAGUAGAAGAAAACAAACUUUUAAGUUAGUUUAAAAGUAGUCUUUGUCGAAAUUCUCUUGUUCUCCAACAUUUUCUCACCCUAGAUCAUCAUCUUGGUAAAUAAGAAUGUUGCAUUAUGGGAUUCACUAGAGGGCAAAGGUCAAUAAGGGAGUGCAAUUCUAACCAUUCCAAAGAUUACAGUGUACAUAAAUUAUACCGGGUAGUUAACAAACUGAUGAAAGGAAUUUGGGAAGAGAUGUUUUUAGUUGUAUGUGGUUUAAAAGUAUAGCAGGUUUUACUUUUUUUCAUCCUUGGGCUUGUGCAAUUAUAUAUGCCAGUCAGUUUGACCUAUCAAAGCACAGAACACUUUGAUUCCUUGUGAUAGUUUCCAAGGACCUGAUGCGUUUUUGCUGCAUGCCAUUCGGUAUUGAAACUGUUGACACAACAGAACAUAGAUAGCAAGUUUUCAAUUUUGAAACAUUUGACGAGUUGAAUUGAACAUGAAUUUAUUUAAAAUGCAUGUCUGCAUGGAGUGUGAGACCUAUUGUGUGAUCAGUCUAGGCCUGAUGUAUAGAAUAGGUAGUAUCAGAAUUUGUUUUUCC